AUGAGCAAUCUCACCAUCUUCACUGAGUUCAUCCUCCUUGGACUACCUGCUGACCCCCACACCCAGGCUCUGCUCUUUGUGCUCUUCCUGGUGAUGUACCUCCUGACCUUGUUGGGAAAUCUGGUAAUGAUCCUUGUGAUCCGAGUGGAUUCUCACCUCCACACCCCCAUGUACUUCUUCCUUGGGCAUCUAUCCUUCCUGGACAUGUGCUUCUCCUCAGUUACCAUGCCCAAAAUGCUGCACAACUUCCUAUCUCAGGAGAAAAGCAUCUCAGUGUGGGGCUGCAUAACCCAGAGUUUCUUUUUCCUUCUUUCUGGGUGUUCAGAAGCCAGCCUUCUCUCCGCUAUGGCCUAUGACCGCUAUGCUGCCAUUUGCCAUCCUCUGCUCUACACUGUGGUCAUGAACAGGCCUCUCUGCACUGUGAUGGUCAGCACAUCAUGGCUGGUAGGGUUUCUGAACUCACUAGUGAAUAAUCUUUUUAUCUGUAAAUUACAUUUUUGUGGGUCUAACAUCAUUUCCCACUUCAGCUGUGAGCUACCUUCACUGUUCCCACUGUCCUGUACUGAUCCCAUUGCCAACAAGUUGCUUCUGUCUGGGUCUAGUGCAUUUCUAGGGCUGUUGACACUUCCUCUGAUCCUCUUCUCCUACUCUAGAAUAAUUUCUGCCAUCCUGAGCAUUAGCUCUUCUAGAGGCCAAGGCAAAGCCUUCUCCACUUGCUCCUCCCAUCUCAUCGUGGUACUCCUCUUCUACGGGACAGCUCUAUUCAGGUACAUUAGCCCCCCCUCAGGUUCGUUGUUUGAGCAAGUGGUCUCCAUUCAGUACAGUGUGAUCACAUCCUUGCUGAAUCCCCUCAUUUACAGUCUCAAGAACCAAGAGGUGAAGAUGGCUCUGCAGAAGAUGCUUAAGCAGAAAAUGUUUUCCUCUGCAAAGGGGAUUUCUCUGUGGUACUCAGUCAGAGAAUGGGGAGAAGGGAUCUUCAGGAACAGAAAUACUUUCUAA